AUGGAGUCCCUUCAGUCGUCCACCUUUACCCAGAUGAACACAGUGCAUCAGGGCUCAGUUAAUGAUCACAUAAUUCCAAGAAUAGGUUAUACUAUCUUGGCGAUCAUUAUGGGUCUUUCCUCCUUUUUUGGCAUCAUAUUGAAUGUAAUAGUGAUUGUUGUGACAGUGAAGCACAGACAACUGCGCCAACCGCUGAAUUAUGCUCUGGUGAACCUAGCAGUGGCUGAUCUCGGUUGUGCGCUAUUUGGAGGCGUGCCUACAAUGAUCUGCAAUGCCAUGGGCUACUUCAGCUUAGGAAGGAUAGGAUGUGUUUUGGAGGGCUUUGCUGUUGGCUUCUUUGGUAUUGCUGCUUUGUGUUCUGUGGCAGUCAUUGCUGUUGAUCGCUACUUGGUGGUUUGCAGACCCAUGGGCACUAUCUUGUUUCAAACUAAGCAUGCAGUGGCAGGUGUGCUCUUUUCCUGGGUCUGGUCCUUCAUUUGGAACACUCCACCUCUGUUUGGAUGGGGCAGUUACCAACUAGAGGGUGUGAUGACCUCCUGUGCUCCUGACUGGUACAGCAGAGACCCAGUCAACGUCUCCUUCAUCAUGUGUUACUUUUUGCUCUGUUUUGCCCUGCCUUUUGCCAUCAUUGUCUUCUCCUACUCACAUCUCAUGUAUACCUUACGACAGGUGGUCAAGCUGCAAAUGGCAGAAGGAGGAAGCACAGCCAAGGCUGAGGCACAGGUGGCACGUAUGGUCGUUGUGAUGAUCAUGGCUUUCUUGCUCACGUGGCUGCCCUAUGCUGCUUUUGCUUUAUCUGUGAUCUUUGACUCCAACCUGUACAUCAACCCAGUAAUUGCCACAAUUCCCGCCCACCUGACCAAGAGCAGCACUGCCUUCAAUCCUAUCAUUUACAUCUUCAUGAACAGACAGUUUAGGGAUUGUGCUUUGCCAUUUCUGUUCUGUGGAAGGAACCCUUGGGCAACCAGUACAGCAGAGUCAGAUACGGGAAAUACAGUAACUUCUUCUGUCAGCAAAAGCAGCACUGUGUCACCAUUAUAA